AUGGAGGCUGGUCAGCGUGCCGCCGUCCUCUGUCAAGCCGGGCAGGCGUGGCAGGUGAGAGUCAUCAUCUGCAGCUGCCCGCCAGGCGAUUAUACCGAGGUUGUCGGCGAUCCAGUUCCACCAGCUCUUGUGACGAAGUGCUUCAACUGUCUCACGCCAGACGGGGACAUCUACCCGCACCUCCUGUCGGCCGGCCCGCUGGCUGGCGUGGUUGCGCUCGACACGAUGGGCGAGCGCGUCGACGCCACCUCCGAGGGCCAAAAACUCAGGAGGAGACACCAGGUCUACGGCGCCGACUGGGGGCCGACGCCGCUGGACUAUGUGGCGGGCUUGCAGUUCUGCCGCCCCGAGGUGCUCUCCAGCAGAGCUCCAACCUGGCGCCUCUGCGGGAAGCAGGUGCUGACAGUCGAGAGUCCACCAUCCAGGGCUGGAGCAGCGAAGGCUCCGAGUAGCCUAGAGGUGGCGGACGGGGCCCUGCCCAAGCCGCCCGACGGGCACUGCUGGGAGGUCAUUGCGACGACUGGUUCGGGCGCCGUGCGGACGGAGUUUGCAGGCGGGGCUGCCGACGGCUAUGCAGUUGCUGGCGGGCUCGGGCUCGUUACUAUGGGUACACAUGCGCAUGUCUUGCGAGUGGUCAGGCGGGACGAGCUUGGCGGCGAGGGGAGCCUGGACGCCAGAGUCUUCAGCAUCAGGGUCAAUUCAUAUGGUGAACGCCGCCAGAUCUUCAUGGACGCGGUGAAUUUCAUCGGCGAGACCGAGUGGCCGUUUUGGUUUGGGCUCGGCCCUCGCACUACCAGGUGGUACUUGCGAUUUCUGGCCGACCAGGAUGCUCAUCCGAGGUCGCGCCACGCGAAGUGGAAGCACGAGACGGACUUGAGCUCCAGCGACCCCAGCGUCGCCGAGCACGAGUUCUGCAUUUGUGUGUUCGAG